GCUUGACGCACUCUGCACAUUCGCUUGAUCAAUAAAUACUUUGAUGGGGCUGCAGCUAAGAAUGAUGUGUACAGUGGAUCCAAAUGGGGAAGAUUACUUUCUAUGAGGAGAAGAAAUUCCAGGGCCGCUGCUACAACCUAAGCAGUGACUGUGGCGACCUGCACACAUACUUCAACCGCUGUAACUCCAUCCGCGUGGAGAGCGGCGCGUGGGUGGUCUUUGAGAAGCCCAGCUUCAAGGGCUUCCAGUACGUCCUCACCCCCGGGGAGUACGCCGACAGCCAGCAGUGGAUGGCCCUCAGCGACAGCCUCAAGUCCUGCCGAGCUGUAAAACAUGCGUACGGCAGCGCGUGGAAGCUGAGGCUGUACGAGAGGCCUGACUUUGGUGGCCAGAUGCUGGAGUGCUGUGACGACUGCCCUUCAGUGUACGACGCCUAUAGGAUGCGUGAGGCCUACUCCUGCGUGGUCACGGACGGCGCCUGGGUCUUCUACGACCUCCCAAACUACAGGGGCCACCAGUACCUCCUGGAGCGGGGCGAGUACCGGCAGCACGGCGCCUGGGGCGCGUCCUCGCCCGGUGUCGGCUCCUUCCGCAGGAUCACAGAGUUUUAGCCCAGCCAGAUUUGUCACAUAACUAUGCUGACGGUGGAACCACGCAGUCAAUAAAUGAGAAGCAAACUCUGAGUUGGUUUUCUGUAAACUCAUGUCAUACCUCGGUUUUAUUAGUAUUCAGACAUUAAAAUGGCAACAGCUUGGUCGAUAUGAUUG